AUGACUCAUUUAAAUGAAAUCAAUGUUUAUUUAUACUCCUACUAUCGUUUCAUUUCAGUACCAUUACGUGCAAGUUUCACUGAUAUUCAACCGAAUGCAAAAUGGGCACAAUCUGGUACCAGGGUAGUUGGAGGAUAUGGAACCAGUGGAACUGAUGACCUCAGCUGCCCAUGGGGUUUGUAUGUCGAUGAUGAUCAAACGGUUUAUGUCGCUGAUGGCUGGAAUCACCGUAUUGUGAAAUGGAAAUCUGAUGAAAAGAAUGGACAGGUGGUUGCUGGUGGACAUGGAAAAGGGCAUGAAACUCGUCAGUUGAGUUGCCCAAAAGAUGUGAUCGUCGACAGAGAGAGAGAUAGUCUCAUUAUCUGUGAUCGACAAAAUGAAAUAGUAGUUCAAUGGCCUCGUCGAAAUGGUACUAGUGGAGAAGCUAUCAUUUCGGAUAUCGCUUGCGUCGGUUUGACAAUGGACGAGAAUGGAUCUCUUUAUGUGGUUGAUAAUGAAAAACAUGAGGUGAGACGAUAUAAAAGUGAUGACACUAAAGGAACAUUGGUUGCAGGUGGCAAUGGAAAAGGAAAUGGUCUCGAUCAACUCUCUGAUCCUCAAUACGUGUUUGUCGAUCGAGAUCAUUCAGUAUAUGUGUCUGACAGUGAAAAUCAUCGUGUCAUGAAAUGGGAAGAAGGUGCAACACAAGGCAUUGUCGUAGCCGGUGGUCAAAGAAAAGGACAUUGUCUUACACAAUUGUCAUAUCCUGCAGGGAUACUUGUCGAUCAAUUUGGUACUGUUUAUGUGGCUGAUUCUGGAAAUCAUCGAAUCAUUCGUUGGCCAAAAGGAGCAACACAGGGAGAUGUCAUUGUUGGUGGAAACGGUAAAGGAAUAUGGUCAGAUCAACUCAGUUGGCCCGUAGGUUUGUCAUUCGAUCGACAUGGUAAUCUCUAUGUCGUCGAUCCGGGAAAUAAUCGAGUACAAAAAUUUGAAAUCGCAUAA